AUGACGGUGUGCAGAGUGGAUGAGUGCCAGGUGUUGCUGGCAUGGCACGUACCUGCCGAUCUCCUCUCUCCCCUCUAGGCACUCAAUGGCUUCGUGCUGGUGGUGACAUCGGAAGGAUUGAUAUUUUAUUCCUCGCAUACGAUUCAGGACUAUCUGGGAUUUCAUCAGACAGAUGUGAUGCACCAGAGCGUCUUUGAGCUGAUCCACACCGAGGACCAACAGGAAUUCAGACGCAAUCUCCACUGGGCUCUCAACCCACCCCAUGCUUCUCCAGAAGAGGGGAAGAGUCUCGGCUCUUCUGCUGUCGCCUACAAGCCAGAUCAGCUGCCCCCAGAAAACUCUUCUUUUCUGGAAAGGAGCUUUGUGUGCCGCUUUCGCUGCCUCCUGGAUAAUUCCUCUGGCUUCCUGGCUUUAAACCUUCAAGGAAGGCUGAAAUUCCUUCAUGGGCAGAACAAAAGGUCUGAAGAUGGGUCUGCACUCCCACCCCAGCUUGCUCUCUUCGCUAUCUCCACCCCCUUGCAGCCCCCGUCCAUCCUGCAGAUCCGUAUGAAGAACAUGAUCUUCAGGACGAAGCACAAGCUGGACUUCACCCCCUUGGCGUGCGAUGCCAAGGGGAAGAUCAUUUUGGGCUACACCGAGGCGGAGCUGCGGAUGCAUGGCACUGGCUACCAGUUUGUCCAUGCUGCCGACAUGCUGCACUGUGCUGAGAACCACGUGAGGAUGAUGAAGACGGGGGAAAGCGGGCUGACAGUCUUCCGCCUGCUGACGAAGGAGAACCGCUGGAAGUGGGUGCAGGCCAAUGCGCGGCUCGUCUACAAGAAUGGCAAGCCUGAGUACAUCGUUGUCACGCAGAGACCCCUCAUAGAUGAAGAAGGAGGAGAGCACCUUCGGAAACGGUCCCUGCAUCUUCCCUUUACCUUUGCUACAGGAGAGGCACUCUUAUACCAAAGUGCUUACCCUCUCCCAGGCUUCCCUGACCCUUUCCAGAGCAAAGGGAAAACCAGCAAGUCCAAGAAGAUCUCCCAAAGCCAUGGAGGCUGCUCCCAGAAGGAUGGCUUUGACCCCAGUUCUCUGCUGGGUGCUGUGAUGCGACAGGACAAGGCGGCAUACAUCUCCCAUCCAGCUCCCGCACCUAGCCACUCAUUCAGCAGCAGUUUCGUGGAUAACCUCGAGAAUGUGUCCUUGCUCGAUGCAGGAGGAGGUGCCUGGAGUAUGGGAGCUGCUCCAGGUUCUUCAAGAGGGGACAGCCUAAAAGGGGAGCUCGUGGAUGUGCAGCAGGAAGACCCUCUCUUGGCCACCCUGGACUCGCUCUCAAUUAAGAACGAGGAGAGCUGUUCCAACAACGAGCUGUUCAGUGCACUGGAGGGCCUGGGGUUGAAUUCCGAAGACCUGGAGCUCCUGCUGCAGGAUGAGAAAAGGGUGAUGGUCAAUAUGGACCUGAACCACACCCCAUCCUUGAAUGACUUUGUCACCAGCAGUGAGAUUCUCUCCCACAUCCACACCGCUCUGGUGAACAAGCACAAGGAAGGACAACAGGUCUGUCCCCUGCCAGGCACGUCCCCAAGCCCAUGUGGAGGCACCACCACAUACCAGGCCCACAUGGAGGACAAGGACUCACAGUACCUGCCCCGGCCCAUGGUGCAGCCCAGCGCUGCCCCGAACCAGCCCCCUGCUCUGCUCUGGGAACAGCCCCUCCAUGCUGUACCAGGCCAGCCAUCUCCGCUGCUGCUGGAGCCAGCUGAGGAGGAGGAAGAGCCAUCUGAUGGCUCGCAGUGGAGGCCAGCUGGGGACGGGGGUCUGCUCCGCUUCCUCCAUCCAGCACAGGACACCCUGUGGGAUGAGGAACCAGGCUCGUCCCAGGGACCUGCCUGCCCGCAGGAGCUUCCCAGGGCUCUGCAGCUAGAGGGUGACUUCCCGGCCAUGCAUGCCACUCUAGAGGAUGCUCACCAGUCCUUCUCCCUGCCUGCACAGGGCCGAGGGCACGUGGGACCUCCCAGCCAGCCGAAACAUCAUCACUUGCGGAUGAAUGGGUUGUGCUGCCACAGCACCGACUCCGCUCCACACCGCUUUCCCAGCAGCAGCCCUGGCCCAUGGCAGGACUAUGCUUCCCCACUCCUGGGGUCUCCCCAGGCUCAGUCUGGGUUUUAUGGCAUCAGCCAAGACUUGAUCUCCCUCCGCCAGGGCUGCGUGGCUCCAGGGCCCGGCAUACCGGUGGUCCACUUUAACCUGAAUGGAUUACGCAGCAUGGAAACCGUGGGCACCAGCAGGUCCCAGGAAGAGAAGGCUCCAUACUCCAGCUUUUUCUACUCCUCCCCAUACCAGCUUAAUCCUGAGAAGCAGCUCAGCCUUGUUCCCUCCAUGCGCCAGGACCCUUUUCCAAGCUCGGCUGCAGGGCACUUCGGGAGCAUCUCCCCCACAAACUCCUACGGGACGUACACCUCUGCGCCGAGCCAGGAGAGCAGGCACAGG